AUGCUGAGAGAGACAUUAACAUGCACUUGACUGCCAAACAUAACCGACCCCAUCUACAAAUCUCCAUGCAAUGUUCAUCGUGACCCAGUUUAAUGUGUGCGGCAGAAGGAAGUGAUGCGAAACAUUAACCUCAAGAGAACGUGCUAUUCUGCAUAGUCUUUAUUUGUGCUCUUGGGGUGAGUUUGUGUAGCGUCACGCGUCUGAAUCGCAGACGGCUGGGGCCUUAUCAGCUCAAAGCAGCUUUCUGUCGGGGCUUUUCGGCCAACUGGCUAUCAGAAAGAACACGCCACUGUCACUAUGGGAAACUCAACCUUACUUUUUUUCUGCAGUCUCUUGUCGUUGCUUGGGGUUGUAUGCCAAUUUGACAUUCACUGCUAUCACCAAAUGGACUCAUCGGGUGGAAGAGACGAGAAACCAAUUGUAAAAGGAUAUGAAAAGACAGAGCUUCCUGUUCUCACUCAACCUGGUCUUGGUGUGGCCACAACGACGGUGACCACUAUCACUCAGACAGGAGGAGACUGGACUACGGGACUCUUUGACGUGUGUGGUGACACCAGCACAUUUCUGAUGGGUGCGUUUUUGCCCUGCUGUCUGGACCUGAGUCUCGCUCAUCAGUAUGGAGAAUGCUUGUGUUUGCCCCUGCUGCCCGGCUCCACGUUUGCCAUGAGAGUGGGCAUCAGAGAACGCUUUAAAAUCAGGGGCAGUGUGUGUGAGGACUGGACUGCUGUAUGUUGCUGCUACCCUCUGGCCCUCUGUCAAAUGAUCAGAGAGAUGAAGAAGAGGCUGAAGACACAAAUCUACACUGUUUCCACCAUGCUGGACAGCUCCUGAGACACUCCUGGUGUGUGUGUGUGUGUGUGUGUGUGAGAGUGUGUGUGUUCAUGUUUGUAUAUCCCGGUGGGGACCUAAACCUGAAUGCACACCAACACAUGGGGACUCGUGUCACCGUGGGGACCAAAAUUGAGGUCCCCAUGGGCAAAAAAGCUAAUAAAUUGUACAGAACAAUAUUUUUUUUAAAUCUAAAAAUGCAAAAAGUGUUCUAUCUUUAGGUUUAGGGGUAGGGGAUAGAAUAUACAGUUUGUACAGUAUAAAAAACAUUACGCCUAUGGACUGUCCCCACGGGGAUAGUAAACCAGACAUGUGCAUGUGUGCGUGCGUGUGUGUGAUAUCCAUCCUCAUCAAUGUUUUUGGCGAUGGUAAAAGACCGAGGAGCUGUCAGCAUGUUUAUCACCCUGGGUCCUGAAGUUCACGCAGGGUUAGUCAGAUCAGUACUCUCUCUUUGAAGAUUGAUGUCGCUGACAUUUUAGAUUGAUGGAGAAACAGAUGGGUGGAGAGAUGGAGGAUUGAAGGUUAUGAUGUGUUCUGGGAACGUGUGUAGCUUGACUUCUGAUCUCAUGAUACACGUACACAUGCAGUUUCAGCUUUUUAUUAUUUGUGUUCUUUUUUUAAACUUUUCUAUCAAAUGAAAUUCUAAAUAAAUAAAAAUGAAUUUCUUUUUACAUGUUUUUUAUUUUUGUGACACAUCGGUCAGUCACACAGUCCGGUAAACUCAAGGCACUGGUUGAAUCAUUGACGUUGGAGGCUUCAACUAACAGUUCAAUGUUUUGAAAGCCCUGAAGACAAGACCAUAUCAAUCUAGAUUAUGCUGGAUUGCACAUGUAAAUGCUAAUUGUCAUAAUGGAAACUGAAAAUGUAUUUUAAUAUAAAAAACACAGUCAA